AACCUUGACAAUUGAUACAAUGUCGAUCAAUAUCAAAAACCUUAUCUCCUUCCCGCUGGUCUUUCUCGCAAUCGCCACCCUCCUUCUUGCCGGCGAAGUCAAAGCCAAUACUGCCGUGAAACGCAAGGACUUAUGCUCGGGUGUAGACUACAAGCCCCUUUGCAGGUCGGUCGUCAAAGGAAUUACCGAUCCAUUGACAGCAACAAAGGUAGCAAUUUCUUACGCAAUCAUCAAAACAAAACAAGCGUAUACUCAAUCGAAGACAAUGGCUAACAACGACAAUAUUAAAAUCUGCAAAGAGAUGUAUGAUGAUGCCAUUACCAAUCUUGAGAAGUCAUUGAAAAGCUUGCACGUAAAAGAUAAGGGUACUCUGAAUUCUGACCUUUCUGCAGCUAUUAGUUACUUUUCAACUUGUGAUGAUUCGUAUGCGGAAAGUGGUGAAGACAGUCCUUUUGCUACACUUAAUAAAAUCCUCGAACACAUGGUGGACAACUGCUUGGUUCUAGUCACUCAAAUCCGCUGA